GUCGUGGCACUAGAACCAAGAUGUUUAUGAAGGCCAGUAGAAUAGCACCUGCCGAAUCUUCACAUUCGAUAGGGGAAAUCAGUAAUCAACUAGGUGAUACAGCCAGCAAUGUUCCUGAUGCUGACAGCCUAACAGAACAGGCAGAUAAAAUGGCUUUUUUUAAGGAAUUGAAGGGAAAUGACUCCGAAAAUUCUCCAAACUAUGGUGAGAUGAACAAACAAAUAAACCUGUCCACAGUGUCCAGUACACUGAUGUCUGUUCCAGAUCUGUCGGAAAAAGGUGAGAGUAUUAAUCGAGAGAAGAAAACUAUUCUGUCGAGGGUAGUCCUGCUAGAUUCUUUAGAGUCUACGUUAAACACAACUGCUCAUGGACAACAAUUAAGUGCACAGAAUUUUGCUGGCAGGGCUGGACCGGAUGGUGAUAGUAUAUAUGAGGAUGCGGCGCGAAAUGAGCUGGAAGUUCUGAAAGUGGCUCUCAGAGAUGCUGGCCUUUCCUCGAUCGGGAGUGGGUCCGACGACGAGGUUGUAGACAGAGGCACCACCGAAAGGUGUGUUGAUGAUAUUCUCCGUGAAGUUGACGAGAUAGAAAAAUACGGGUAUGCGGGCAUAGCAGAUGAGGGUACUGCCGGGGAGUGCAGACCAGGCAGCCGCAGCCCUAGCAGCGAACAUGCGCCAUCUAGCGGGGAAAUCGACAAUAUUUCCCAAAGCAGCAGCAGCAGCAGCUCAGAGUCGACUAGCAAGAAGUUGUCUACGAGAGAGAGGGGGAGCACGGUCACAAAGGAACACCUCCUUGCAGCGUCUCAGGGAGUCGGCGAAAGAAGUGAGCAUGUUCCAGUUUCUACGGAGACAGGUGGAGACCUCAUUGCUCAGUGGUCAACAGUGAAACUUCACAAGGAGGUGCAUUCAGAUAAUCAAGAAUCAAGACAUAUUACGGAAUGCGACAGAGAUGACAAGGUAUCAGUAGGCAAUCGAGGAAAACCCACUGUUGUAAAAGGAAAGGAGAUUGGCAUUCAAGCGUCCACUGCUGUUACAAAGAAUAAGCGAAAACUUGAGGAAGAAAUUUCCAGGCUCAAGCAAGAGAAUUUCGUUUUAACUGCAAAGAUAUCAGAUUUAGAAUCUAAAGCAUUUAAAAUGCGCUCAUCAAAGGUGGAGGGCUCGCCUGGUAAUGAACAAGUGAAACAGUUCGAAAUAGAGAUGCGCAACCAGGAGGUACUCUUGAGAGGAUUUCAAAAAGAAAAUGAAAAAUUAUAUGCUGAGUUGAAGGAGCUGAAACUGGAAAAUAAACAAGCUGAGAGAAGGCUUUUCGAGGAAAAUCAGAGGCUGCAGCAGCAGCUGGCUCUCAUAAGUGAGCAGAAGGAGCAGGUUGCUUCGCGGAGGAAGCUGAUGCAGGAAGCUGCUGAGAGGACCGUCGUACGCGAUGGCAGGCUGGAUGCUGCGACUCGGCAGCAGCUUCUAACAGCUGAGGCAGGAGUCGUUGAAGCAAGGCGGGAGGCAGAGAGCCUGCGGAAGAAGCUGUGCUGGUAUGCAGAAAACCAGCAGCUUGUUGAUAAAGAUGCACAGACACUUCUCGACAAGGAUAAAGAGAUUGCUCAUCUGCAGGACAGACUGAGACAGGAGGCUGAGGUGUACAGCAGCAGGGCAGAAACACAGAAGGUUGGCGCCAAAGAGAGAUCUGCGAAUGCACGAAAAAUCCAAGAUCUUCAAAGACAGAUAAAGGAGAUGGAGGUCAUCAUGCGUAAACGAAACCCCAACUCGGUGGCCUCUCUCAUCAUGGCAGCGAAUGCGGCAGCAUCCUCCGUCUCUUCCCCGGAGGCCUCAUCACGUGUCAGGUUCCUCGAAGAGAGAAUCAAGAAGCUGGAGGUCGAGCUGGAGAGGAAGGAUGAAGACAAGAAGAAGGCUCUGCGUGCUGUGCAGCAGCAAUUCACUGCUGUCCAGUUGAAGUACGAGGAUCAGGCAGAACACCUGGAGGACUUGGUGUAUCGGCGCAGACAGCAGGUGACGAGCAUCGGCGCACAGACCCAGACGUCUCCUGUGAUGUCCCCGUCGAGGACACGGCGUCAGUCUAUGAUGCCUACCAGCCCGGUUAAGCAUAGAGGCGGCGCGGCCGAUCACCGAGCUGUGAAUAUCACGGUUGAACAGCCAACCGUCACAGACCAAGAUGCCGUAAAUCUAGUCGCCAGAGUGCACAACCUUACUCGGGACUUGUCGGCGAAGACCAAAGCGCUUGCCACUGCAGAAAAGACCUGCACUUACCUUAAGAGUGAAAGAAAGGAGCUACUGGCACAGCUCGGACGAUCUGAAUCCAGGCAAGAUCUGCUAAGGAACAAGUCCUUACAGGAGAAACCCAGUGAACAGAAAUCAGCGAAUAAGCAAGCAAGUAAACAGUACAUGCCAGAACUGUUUGGAGCAGAGAGUCUUGCUGAUUUGGCUGCUGAUAACAACCAUCUAAGAGACCAGCUGAAGAAGAUGUCGCUGAUGCUAAAAGAGGAGAGAGAGAAGCAAAAAGCUGCUUUGACCAAAGCAGAGGCUCGGUCAAUGAAAGAGCGAGAAGCAGCUGAGAAAAAGGUGCAGUUUACUAGAGAUUCUAUGGAAAAGAAACUCAGAAUUCAAGCCAAACAGUUUCCGUGGACAAAAUAUGAAGAGCUAAAGAAGUUGUCCCAAGAACAGGAGCAAGCCGUGUCCAGCCUUCACCAUCAGGUCGCUGAGGCAGAUCUGGAGAGAGAGCAGCUUGUGGCGCUGCGCAUCAGUCAUGAACAUCAGGGCCACCAGGUGGCGCAACUGCAGCAGCAGCUCGGCGAGGCAAGAAAGUGUCACUCGCCCGAGAUGGUCCACUACGAGGUGCUGUUGGGAAAGAUCGAUAACUUGGAGCGUAGUUUUCUGGUUCGUGAGCAAUACCUACAAACCUGCAUGCUCAGCCUACACAAGGGAUCAGCAGGACCAGCCAGAAACAAGAUACUAAAGGAUGUGACUCUCCUAAAGGACAGGCAGAUUGAUAGGUUCAGAACAGAACUGGACGAGAUACUGCUAUCACUAAAGAGUUUUCAAGGACAGAUAAAGCCUAAACCUGCUUACUAGUGUCAUGAACGUAUAUACUCACAUUUCUGUGUAAUAAUUGUAGUACGUAUAUGAGUAUAUAUAUAUAUGUUCUUGGUAUGGGGUAUUAGGUAAUGUUAACAAUUGUUAUUUUUUAUUCAGAGUGGCUAUAUAUGCCCGGCAGCCAGCAUAUAUCUGACGGCUGCCGGGCACGG